CCCGCUCACACUCGGUCAAGUGAAGAUCAAUAACCUUAGUGUGCUACAAGCUAUUAUGCUUACGAAGUGAAGCCUGUAGCGUACAGCGGAUUAUAGACAGUGACAUUAUUUGCAAGGACUGGAACAACCCUGGAAGUGGAUUACAGGACGUGAAAAACCCAUGUAAGUCAAUGAAAAACACAACCAGAAGGAUAUGUCCUUGGUAGAAAAUAUUGUGUCUAUGCCUGCCACGGGCAGUCAUGCAGGCCGGGGUUUAUUUUCAACUUUGGUUGGCAAAACUGGACCUUACUUUCACGACGAGUGUUUGCCUCUCAGUGGAAUGUCGAAAAUGCCAGAACAUUCAGUGACUGUGGUUUCCAGUGAAAAUGAAUAUGGAUAUUCAGUGACUGGUUGUACAGAAUCUUCUAUCGUAGAGAUGUCGAAAGAGAGUCCCAGCACACACUCGCCAGCGGUGCAGCUGUCAUCUGAGGCUACAGCAAGUAAUGACAUUAGUGAUAAAGACGUAGGCAAACGCCGUAACACAAAAGCUACUACAGGAGAAAAAUCAGGCAGAACAUCUGCAGAAGCAAGAGUGGAAACGCCAGUUGCCAAAAUCUCACCAAUUCAUGUGUCAGUGAAGAGGCCCCGAACACCUUUGUCCGAUGAAAAUUUGGGAGAUCCUCUAGAAAAAAGGGCAAGAAUUGUGACAGAUACAGCAAAUGAAGCACAAAGUAAGACUGAAAAAUGUACUGCUACAUCAACGAUAACUGUGAACCAAGACAUGCUAAUUGAGUCUUCAGCAGGGGAAACUGCAAGAGAAGAACCACCUGAAAGUAUAUCUAGGAUCUCGGUUAGUGGCAGUUCAUCAGCAGAGGAAUCAGGAGCAAUGGUGCGGCUGUCAAAACUGUCUGAACCAUUAACAGUAGAUAAUGAGAUAGUAUCGAGAAGUUCCACAGUGCCACCAAAGCAAAGCAUGGGCAGUAUAACAGAAGGACCAUCAAUGACCAUAAAUGAAAAUGCAGAUACACAUGAAAAUGGGGCAAGCGUAUAUCAGGCAAAGGCAGCAUCAUUAGAGACGAAAGUGGAUAAAUUGAUGAUUCCAUCACCUCAAGACGAACAAAAACAACACACGCCAUCUGCAGUUAAUAGUGCAAAGGUUCAAAGUAUGCAACCCAGGAACCCUUCACCAGCAAAGAUGCUUCCUGGAUCAGUGGAGACAGCAUCUCCAGGGAGAGAAGAAAGAUGUUUAGUAUGUGGAAAGUUUGACUGUCCCUUUGUUCUAGAUAAGAAAUUGAAAACUAUUUUUACAAAAACACAAUCUCUUGUAAAGAGGGAGCUUUGUUCAAUGUGUGGAAGGUCUAACUGUCCUUUUCCUAAUCAAGAAAUCGAAACCCUCGAUUGUACUUACAUCAAAGGAAAGUCUUGUGGGGAAGUUAAGGUCUCCAAGCGUACGAAGUGUUCCCAGUCCUUCAUCAGUGAAGUCGAGAAGAGUAAAUGCACUCAUCCGACGAAAUAUCGGUACGAAAAUUGCAGCAAAUGGAUUGUUUAAACGAAUCGCCAACCACUCAUCCCUUCAGACUAUCAAGUUGGAGGCUGAACUGUUCAAAUCCGUGGAAAAUGGAGACUCGGCAAGAGUGCAGGAACUGAUUCAGUACACGGGGGCAGCUGUGAGGAGAAGCAAGACCAGUUGCACACUUCUUCAUGCUGCAGCGUCUCACAACCAAGCGGAUGUGGUGGUGUUUCUGCUGAAAUUGAUCAGUCCCAAUAUUACCAACGAGGAGGGACAGACUCCAGCUCACGUGGCCGCUGAAAAGGGUCACACGCAAGUGCUGAAACUUCUAGUGCGUGACCCUGACUUCGAUGCCGACAAACGGGAUGAUCUCCGUAACUCUGUGAAAACCCUGCUUGGUGGCCAUCUGUUCAAGGCCGUAUUAGAAGGGAACAAGAAAGAAGCAGAAAGACUGUUGGCAGUUGGUGCAGACCCAGACAGUCACGGCGGAAAGCUGGUGGAUGGAGUGUUGGCACGAGAGCUUGGAGUGACAACGCCUCGCCUGCUGGCCAAUGCCCUGAACAUGGAGUCGAUCGUGACCCUGUUUGACAAGAAAGCAUCAAAAAGGUGCAGCCAAACCGUCGAGAGUAAAUCUCUGCCAUCAUCCGCAUUAAGCACAGUACACAUCAAGGUCUCAACACGACAGUUUCGCGUGAGACGGGCAACAGUAAUUCAAGGAGGUGCUGAUGUGUA